UCGCAGGCCGGGGCCCCCGGAGAGUUGUGCAAGGCACGCGGGCCGGCUGCUGGGCGUGGAGGACGGCUCCCAGGGCUGAGUGUGCCAGGGUGUGGUGGAGCCGGCCCUCCGGCCCGCGGGCAGGGCGGUGGCACCCAAGAUAAGCCAGGGCCUGGCCGGGAGGGUGAUCCCAGGCAAGUGUCGCUCAGGCCAGUGGUAAGUCACCUCGUUGGAGCGGGCGCGAGGCGUGGCAGGUGGAUGCUGCGUGCUUCCCGGGAGCGCUGAGGGCUCCCCUCCCCGGUGGUGCAGCCCAUUUGCCCUGACAUCAGGAGGAGCUCAAGCCGCGGCCUCCUGCCCACCACGACUCAGGGCUGGGGCAACAUGAGCCGGUCCAGGCAUGUGGGCAAGAUCCGGAAACGCCUGGAAGAGGUCAAGAGCCAGUGGGUCCGGCCCACCAGGGCCGAUUUCAGCGACAAUGAGAGUGCCCGGCUGGCCACAGACGCCCUCUUGGAUGGGGGUCCUGAGGCCUACCGGCAGGCGCUCAGCCAGGAAGGUGAGGUAGACUUCUUGUCCUCGGUGGAGGCCCAGUACAUCCAGGCCCAGGCCAAGGAGCCCGCUUGUGCCCCGGAGCCCCCAGGAGGGGCAGAGGCAGGCCUCCGGGGGAUGGACUCCCACUCCCUGCACUCAGGCACCUACUUCCCCGUGGCCUCGGAGGGCAGCGAGCCGCCCCUGUUGCACACCUGGGCCUCAGCCGAGAAGCCCUACCUGAAGGAAAAGUCCAGCGCCACUGUGUACUUCCAGAUGGACAAGCACAACAACAUCAGAGACCUCAUUCGCCGCUGCAUCAGCCGGACCAGCCAGGUCCUGGCCAUCGUGAUGGAUAUGUUCACGGAUGUGGAGAUCUUCUGUGACAUUCUAGAGGCGGCCAACAAGCGUGGGGUGUUUGUCUGUGUGCUCCUGGACCAGGGAGGUGUGAAGCUCUUCCAAGAGAUGUGUGACAAAGUCCAGAUCUCUGACAGCCACCUCAAGAACAUUUCCAUCCGGAGUGUGGAAGGAGAGGUGUACUGUGCCAAAUCAGGCCGGAAGUUCGCUGGCCAAAUCCAGGAGAAGUUCAUCAUUUCGGACUGGAGAUAUGUCCUGUCGGGAUCGUACAGCUUCACCUGGCUCUGCGGACACGUCCACAGGAACAUCCUCUCCAAGUUCACAGGCGCCGCGGUGGAGCUGUUUGACGAGGAGCUCCGCCACCUCUACGCCUCCUCCAAGCCGGUGAUGGGCCCCAAGUCCCCCAGGCCGGUGGCGCCCCUGCAGCCCAGAGCAGGCCGCAGCCCCCCGCCUGGCCGCCUCAGUGGUAGUAGCUGCUCAGCCAGCGACCACACGUCCUCCGACCCCUUCAGCAGCGCCUCGACGGGCAGCAACCCCCAGAACCAGAGUCGGCCGGCGGCGUCGGGGCCCAGCAGUCCCCUGGCCCCCAGCUCCCCCCCACCCCCCAGGCUGCGGCCCCACCAUGGCCCGUGGGGGGCCCGGAGCCCACAGGCGCACUUCUCCCCGAGGCCCCUCGCCAGCGCCCCAGCGCCCCGCAGCAACCUCAGUGCCUACAGGCCCACACGGCAGCAGCUAGAGCAGCUUGGCUUGCUGCCCCGGACGGUCCACAUCUGGAGGCCAUUUCUACAAGCCUCCCCUCAUUUCUGAUGGGUCGCAUCCCCCCAGCAGCCCUCCCAGGGCCGGGGCUGGGCAUGCCUGGACUGUCUGGCCCAAGGACCCCACCUCCAUGACUAGCAGCUUUUGAACUUGCUUCCCUUUGGACUAAAAGUGCUUGGACAACAUCGUUGCCUGUGUUUGUUCCCAGGCCUGUGACCAUUCACUUGCCAACACCCCCCAGUCCCAGGGGUUCCCUCUCUAGUUUGGCCUAUGGAGCACAUUCCAGAAAGUUCUAGGGAGGUGGGGGGUGGGGAGCUAGAGGACAAAAGCAUGAAAAUAGAGUCCUUUUCUUCCAAAGAGCAGCCAGGGCUUUAAUAAUAAUGUUUCCUGAAUCUCUGUAAUAUAAGAAGGGGCAGAUGCAGCCCAGGUUUCACAUAUGGGUAAACCGAGGCACGAAGAGGCAGACUGUGGCUGUGACCAAGGUACUCCUGUUUCCCAGUGCCCGGGAAUGGCCCACUCUACAGAAGGUAUGGGAACAUUUCGGGAUGUUUCUGGGAAGGGUGGUAAAGGCAUAGUAGUGAGGUAUCCCUGGGGCCGGUGAAUUAGGGAUAAAGCCCCAGAAUGUGCCACUCUAAGUAGUGUGGGGUCGGUUGAAAUUGUAGCCCCCAAGGAUGGGGCAAGCCAGGGUGUCUGUGGGAUGGAACUGGGCCAGGCGGUUCAUCAGCUCACGUUCUGGCUUUGGGGAGCCUUGGGCUGGUCUCGAGGUCCCUGAGUCUGGGCCAGUCCCAGGGGCUUGUGUUGUCAGGAUCUGGGAACUGCCCUGCAGCAGCGCCCAGGGCAGCCCGAAGCAACCAGGAAGGGUUCGGCAUUGACCUUGCAGCCCCCUUGCAGUCAGAGCCGGGGACUCCAUCUGGCUUGUUGACACCUGAAGCAAGGAUGCUGGGCCCUCACAAGCCCCAUCAUUCAUUCACUGUCAGAUUCACAGUGCGCCCUCUGUUCUGGAGGUGGUCCCAGAUCUUGGGGUACAAGGAAUACAGCAGGCACAGGGAGGGCCAGGCAGCCCAGUUUGGGGAGGUCAGGGGACACUUCCCAGAGAAGGGACAGUUAAGGAGGCCUGAUGAACAAGGGCAUUAAAGGUGGAGGGAGGGUUGGGGCCCAGGCUGUCCCAGCCUGACAGAAGUAGGCACAGAAGCCCCUCAAGCAUCUUCCUGUUUCUGUGACCUCCCCCUGCCACCAACUCACCUCAGCAAAUGUCUUCUCGUCGCUCGUCUCUGGCUCAGCAGCUUUGCCUUUGCCAUGGAGGGCUGGGAGGACAGAGCCCUUCCUCCUGUUGGCUUCGGAACCCCAACAGCUCGUGGCAUCCCAAGUCACGCUCUCCAGAGGGUUCCUCCCUUCAGCGCAUCCCCGUGUUUGUCCAGUGUUUGGCAAAGGCAAAGGCGUCUUUGCUUCUGUUUUCUUUUAAAUAGCAUUCCUGUCCUCAUUUCACUUUUUUCCUCCUUAGUUCCUGAAAGUCCAACAACAGCAACAAACCCUUUGGUUCCUGAAGGUUCUUUAAACCCCGGCCCUGAUGUGCUGUUUUCCUGCUGACCGCCGUAAUGAGGUUAGAACAGUUGGGUGCUGCUGAAGGUUCUAAACUGGAUUCUGCAGUCUGCUGAGAAAGCUUCAGGAAGGUAAAGCUUGCCCGGGACCCAGAGCCCCCAAGGCCUGCUCUGCCUCUGCCUGCAUCUGGCUUAGUCUGAGUGGAGCAGAGCAGCCCUCGGGCCCCCAGGCACUCUCCACCAGCCAGGCGCCCCACUGCGGCCUUCUGACUGGCUCACGGGUAUUGUUCCUCCUCCUCUGGACACUUUGUCGUGCGUGUGACCCCUGCCUGCUGGGACGUUAGCUGCGGUUUGCUGUGGCUGGAGGACUAGGAGCAGAAGUGAGGAUCACUUCCAGGCAGAGGCUUUAAGAGCCUGGGUGCAGCUGGCCAUGCAGGAGCAUGCCUCAGACGGAGCCCCCUCCACCAGCCCAGAUUCCUGAGAGACUGUGGUGAGCAGGACCUCCCACUUCUUCCCACCGACCCCGCCGUGGAGAAGUAGCAGGAGCCAGAAAUAAACCUUUGUUGUGUAAGCCACGGAGAUUUGGGGUCAUUGAUGACCGCAUCAUGAGCCAGCCUAGCCUGAUACAACGUUAGGACCCGCUCACGUGAGGCUGGGCCGUUCCUUUGUGGGACUGGAUUCCCAAGGGCCCCCAGCCCUGGGCUCUAACCCCAGAUGCUAUUUCCACCAGACACUAGGAGGGUUUUACACACACAGCAAGGGGCUGACUGAAGAGCCAAACAAAUCCUUACCCAAGUUUCCAAUCCUCCCAAACCCGAUUUGCCCCGUCUUGAAUUCUGCUCUGGGCUAGAAUCACACCUGUAGCUGCCUCGGCAGCCCUGCUCGCUGGGGGCCAUCCUGAACAUACAUCCUGCUCACUGGGGGCCAUCCUGAACAUCUCUACCGCAGUGUGAAAUUCCACAGCAACAAUGGGGUGCCCACCCGUAUGUGCUGACACCAUCUCAGUGCCAGGCAGAGACCCAGACUCACCUCUGUCCGGAGAACUCCAAAGUCGGCCGAGGCACCAACACUCACCUGAACCACCACCAUGAAGAACAUGAGAGAAUGAGAGAAAUAGUAUGAUUGAGUUGCCCGGGGUGGAGCGGGGACGGAUGGAUCCCUAAACCCCACACCAGGGAUUAGGGAUCACAUUAUCCACACGUGGGAUUAUCCGCCACCGGCUGCAAGUGUUGGUCCCCCAGGCCUCUCCUAGCAGUUAUCUGUUGUGUUCAUUUGGUCCUCACCAGACCCUGAUCUCUCAUCUCCCAGUCUGCACUGAAAGAGCCGGGAGGCCAAGGACACUUUGCUGGCCCGAGGGACCCUCACCUCGGGGCCGGGCUGGUCCCAGCGCACAGCGAAUGCCGACUGACUGGUCAAGGAGCUUUGCUCCUGCAGGGGACACGAAUACUCAGCGCGGGCGACUUCUCUCCCCGGCCCUGCUCGCACCUUGGUGUGAGCCCCCUGCGUCCCUGCCUGGAGCGCCAGAGCCUCAUCUCCAGGCGCUUCAUCUCUGGACCUGGUCCAAGAAGUUGUUGGACACAGAGCAUCUGUCAUUCACUUUCUCAGCUUCCUCCUGAGGAGCGUAUGUGUGUCAGAAAAGCUGUCAGCAGGGAGUAUAAACACCACAGACACACCCGCACGAGCCCAAGCACAACCUCCUUUUUCUCGUGCUCGCUGGGUUUGGACUGAGGCAGACGUGGUGCGUCCCGAGCUGCUCCGUCCUUCUCUCCUCCGCAGGGCCUGGUGACCGAGGGGGUCCGCGCGCCGCGGGGCCUCGCAGACCUGGGGACCGAGCGGGUCCUCGGCCACCGGGCCUCGCUGACCCGACAGCCUGCAGAGGACGAGGAGGCUGACCCUCCCGAGUAAGGGAGCAUUCCUCCUGCCCGACUCUGCCUUUGAACUGCGACACGGGUCUCGCCUGCCAUCAGACUCCAACUGCCACACUGGCUUUCCCUGGGGCUUGAGCCUGGAGCUACACCCUGGGCUCGCCCGGGGUCUCCAGCUUGUCAAGUCGCCCCGCGGCCCGCGGGACUUGUCAGCUUCCAUAAUCACAAAAGCCAGCUCACGUAGUCCAUCUCUUGUACAGACAGGUGGCAGAGAUAUGGGUAUAAAUAUGCACGUUGUUGGUCCUGUUGCUCUAGAGGGUUCCGACUUGUAACAGAUUUGGCGCCGGGCGCUUAAAGGCCUAGUCUGCAAAUGCAGCCCCAGUCUGAGGUACUGGGUGAGGGCUUCCGCAUACCCCUUUGCGGGGCGGGGGUGGGGGGGGUGGGGGAUGGUGCGGUGGACAGAGUCCAGCUGUAACGGGCCUGGCCGGCCCAUCCGCCCCCCCGCUGCCUGCCCCCCGUCUGUCCCCUCGGCGCUCCUCUCCUGCCCUGCUGCGGGACAACGGACGGCCGAGUCAGCUCAGCCGGGCCUCUGGAGACGGCCGUUCUCCACUCCAGCUGCGUCUCUCCGCCGGCAGGGCCAGGGGCUCGCUUCGGGCGGCUGCGCUUCGAGAACGGCACCCCCCGGCUUCCCGACUUGCAAACGUGGGCGCGGGUGAGCUGCUCUCGCGGGCCCUGCGGCGCUGCCCGCUGCCGAGGGGCGAGCCCCGCACGGCCGUUCCGGGAACCGUCCCUGCGGCUCCGCGUGAACAGACGUCCGGUUCGCAUUUCCUUGCGCAAUUAUUCUAGCCCAAGUCCUGGGAGGCCAGCCUUGGUUCCCACGCCAGAAGGGCCUGGAGUCCCGUAUUUCUCCGCCAGUUGGGCCCUUCGGGGGUGGCGGGAGCUGGCGGCCCGUACGGAUGGAAGCAGAUGUGGCCCCGGCUCGGAGAGCUUAUCGUCAAGAGCCUCGCGGCCUCUAGCGCUUGCAUCUUGCUAACCUGUGGUUUGCUGGGUCUGAGAGUGACCUGGGGCGGGGGGGGGAGGGGUGCAGGCCUGUAUGGGGGAGACAGGAGCGGAGACGGGAACGUGAGAAACCGAAAUCGUCAGCCAUGCGAAAGGUGGGAAGAGUGUGCCCGACGGCCGGCAACCGCCAGCUGCAGUCAGCCUCAUUCCACGUGAAAUGGGAAGCCCCGAAGAGUAGCAAACUCUGCAACAGUGGGAAUUCCCUAAGGCACUUGGGACAUCUUGGGUAUCCUGAGGCCACCUCCACCCUCCAUGUUAAUGCUAAUAUCCGGGGCUUUCCUAGACCCCCAAACACAUAUUGCAUGAAGCGCAAAGACUUUAAACAUUUGGAAGUAAAAUCAGAUUUAUCAGUCCAAAGCAUAACCCUAAACCAGCCAUUCCCCUGCUCAAGAACUUUCUAUAGCUGGUAUUUGUCCCCUGAGCGAAGUCAAACUUUUUACUGUGGCAUCAAUGACUCCCCCCCCCCCCCCAUAAUUUUAUGCUGGCUCACCUGCCCGGCCUCACCACCCAUGUCCCUUCACACCCACUCACCUGGAUGACCAGCCUUCGUGUCCUCCAGGCCGUGGCUCUUUUCAUCUCCCUACUGAGAAACCGGAUGUGCUUGCCUUUCAUUCCCCACAGAGCCUGCUACAAUCUUUCCCCUUUCCAAGGUCCAACUCAGAUGUUUCCACCUUCCUGAAACUUCUUUGAAAGCCCAGCCUUCCUCUGUACUUCUGCAACACCCAGACCUCCCUCCUGCCCGCUAUCUACUACUCACGUGGAUGUCCCCUUACUUCUGCUAGAGAACGGAAGCUCUUGAAAGCAACUGCUGCAUUUUUGAUUUGAUACCUUCUACAAUAAUGUUCUAUCAAGGUUUUAAAAAGGAAAGUGACAUAUAAAAGAAAUAGCCUUCUAAGAACAAAGCCUUAUUCUAAAACCAAGAUUGAAAGGACCCAAGUGGCCUGUCUGAGGAUUCUUUGGUUGCAAGUAACAGAAACUGAAACUACUUCAAUAGAUUCUAGUAGAUUCUAGCAAGAUUCUUCAAGAUUCUAGUAGUAGAGUCAAGCAAUCAACUUAGGACCACAAACGUUAUAGCUUAAAACAACACAAAUUACCUUACAGGUUUCUAGUUCAGAACUCCAACGUGGGUUUCACUGGGCUAAAAUCAUGGCGUCAGCAGGCCUGUGAUCCUUCCUGGACACCCUAGGAGAACACCCAUUUCCUUUUCUUUUCUAACUUCCAUAGGCCACCUGCAUUCCUUGGCUCAUGGCCCCUUCCUCCAUCUUCAAAGCCAGUAGCAUAGAAUCUCUCUGACCCUGACCUUCUCCUUUUGCCUCCAUGCGAUGGCUAACUUUAUGUGUCAACUUGACUGGGCUAAGGGAUGCCCAGAUAGCUGAAAGAACAUUAUUUUGAGUGUAUCUUGAGAGUUUCUGGUUGAGAUUAGCAUUUGAAUUGGCGAACUGAGUAAAGAAGAUCACCCUCCCCAAUGCAGGUGGACAUCAUUCAUCCCACUGGAAGCUGGAAUGGAACAAAAAGGCAGAGGAAGGGCAAUUUUGCUCUCUCUGCUUGAGCUGGGACAUCCUUCUUCUGCCUUUGGACAUUGGCCCUCCUGGUUCUCUGGCUUUGGGACUCAGAUCAAGACAUACACCAUUAGUCCCCUGACUUUCAGGCCAUUAGACUUCUCAGCCUUGAGAAGUGGUUGAGCUAUGAGCAGGUAAACCUUCCGUCCUCUUUCCAAUUAGUUAGAGUCAUUGAGUACAAAUAUGGCAGCCAGGUACCCACCUGUGUGGGUGAGAGGGUAGUUCCCAGAGAUAGGGGGUGGGGAGGUUGUUAGCUCAAGGGCUAAGCAGACACAAUACUGAAGCUUUAGGUGAUGAAGUCACUGCCAAGGAGGGAGAAAAGGACAAGGGUGAGUCCCAAACAGAUGCCAGUCCUCUAUCUUCUCUAUUAUAAUCCUAUAUAUAUAUAUAAAAAAUCCCAUUUGGGAAAAAAAGCACAGGCACUAUGAAAUUUAAAGGGGGACCUGAGCAAGUCUGGGAUCAGGAACAUCUUGUCUGAGGAUGAUUCCUGAGCUGAGAUCUGUAGGAAGGGGAAGCUGAUGGCAGGAUUGGGAGAUGGCAGGGAAGAAUGUUCCAAGUAGAGGUAACUGGAUGGGCAAAGGGCUUGGGUGGGAAGGUGCUUGGAGUCCUGGAGUCCAAGGACAUGAGAAAAACCAGUGAGUUGGGGGGGGGGGGGGAGGUGGGCCAGGGCCAGACCACGCAGGGCCUCACACACAGGCUUCAUGAAUGAGUUGGGAAGUCACUGCCAGACUGAAAAGUCUUUGUAAGAUCCUUUGGCCACAGUAUGAAGAUUGUAGAGGUGUUAAGAGUGUAAAGGAAAAAGGACUCUCACCAGUUCAAAUACCGGGUACAAACUCCUCCUUGGGAGAAAAUUUUGAAGGCAGGCCUUUCGGGAGUCUCAAGAGGCAAGAAUUGCCCUUGGGUCCCACCCCACCCACCUGGAGUGUAGUCACCUCUGUGGUUCACCUUUGCUCACCUUCCCAGUGAUUCAUUCAUUGACAAGAGGGUGGAGUGUCUAAGUAGACAGGCCUGAGAUUUUUCUUUAGCAUAAUCAUUGUUCAGUUAACGCUACCCUUCACCAUCUGUGCUGGAAAUGACCAAGAUGACGUGUGUAAUAAAACUCUGAGGUGCCCGGUA